AUAAAUACAACACGAAUCACGGCAGGCUCAAAAAAGAGAUUUCGAAAAUAAGUAAGAAGCAAAGUAAGCUCUGUGAAAUUCUUGGAAGCCAUGGCCAAGGAAGAGGCGCAGAACGAAGUAAGCCAAGUGGUCUCCGAUCUCAUUGACUUCUUGAACGCCUCCCCUACUGCUUACCACGCCGUUGAUGAGGCAAAGAAGCAGUUGAGAAGCGCGGGGUUUGAGCAAGUUUCGGAGAGGGAGGAUUGGAAAUUGGAAGCCGGAAAGAGAUAUUUCUUCACGCGGAAUCACUCCACGAUUGUCGCUUUCGCGAUCGGAAAAAGGUAUGUUGCGGGAAAUGGAUUCCAUAUAGUUGGUGCUCAUACUGAUAGUCCUUGUCUGAAACUGAAGCCCGUUUCCAAGGUAACUAAAGGUGGGUAUUUGGAGGUUGGUGUUCAAACAUAUGGGGGCGGCUUGUGGCAUACUUGGUUUGAUCGUGACUUAACAGUUGCGGGAAGGAUGAUAAUCAGAGAAGAAAAAGAUGGUUCUGUUUCAUACUCACAUCGUCUUGUUAGAGUCGAGAGGCCCAUUAUGCGGAUCCCAACCCUAGCGAUUCACUUAGACAGGGGCGUUAAUGAUGGGUUCAAGAUCAACACACAGAGCCAUCUUCUUCCUGUCUUGGCAACAUCAAUCAAGGCAGAGCUCAAUAAAGCUGUUGUUGAAAAUGGUCCAGUUGAAAAUGGAGUUCAGAUUGAUGGAGAAAAAGUUAAUGAAAGAACUACCAAUAACAGCUCGAAGCAUCACUCGCUUCUGUUAGAGCUGCUUGCAAGUCAGAUUGGCUGUAAGCCAGAUGAUAUAUGCGAUUUUGAGUUACAAGUGUGUGAUACUCAACCAAGUAUUGUAGCUGGUGCUACAGAAGAAUUCAUUUUCUCUGGGCGGCUCGAUAAUCUCUGCAUGUCAUUUUGCUCUCUAAAGGCAUUGAUAGAUGCUACAUCUUCUGAAAGCAGUCUUGAGGAUGAGACUGGUGUUAAAAUGGUAGCCUUGUUUGAUCAUGAGGAGGUUGGGUCUAACUCUGCCCAAGGAGCUGGGUCUCCUGUCAUGGUAGAUGCUUUGUCACGAAUUACAAGUUCAUUUGGCCCAGAUUCUAAGGUGCUUGAGAAAGCAAUCCAGAGGAGUUUUCUUGUUUCAGCUGACAUGGCACAUGCACUACACCCUAAUCAUAUGGAUAAGCAUGAAGAAAAUCAUCGGCCCAAGAUGCAUGGAGGGCUUGUCAUUAAACACAACGCAAAUCAACGCUAUGCAACCAAUGCAGCCACUUCCUUCAUAUUCAGAGAGAUAGCAACAAAUCAUAAACUUCCUGUUCAGGAUUUUGUGGUGCGCAAUGACAUGGGAUGUGGUUCAACCAUUGGCCCUAUCCUUGCAAGUGGUGUUGGGAUUCGUACAGUUGAUGUCGGCGCGCCGCAACUUUCAAUGCAUAGUAUACGAGAAAUGUGUGCUGUAGAUGACGUGAAGCAUUCAUAUGAGCAUUUCAAGGCCUAUUUCCAAGAGUUCUCUCAUCUAGACGCUAAGAUAGUAGUUGACAUUUAGGUAAGUGUUCAUCUUUUGCAGUUCCAAACGCUGCCCAUGGGCCAUCGUAGGCUCUUGCUUUAAACACAUUCAAAACUAACUGGAAUGUUGUAGUGGAUCUGCAAAGUACUUUGGAUCUGUUUCGGUAAUUAUGUUUUGCUACAUGCUUUGAACA